AGUUUUAAGUAUUUAUAUCAACUAUUUAUGGUCAUGUUCUCCUUAAGUAACUUCCGAGUCCUUUUUUUUUAUUUUUUUCUUUUAUCAUAACCUUCUUCUGGAGCUCUGUGGAAGUUACUAUGGACACAAGCAGGUCUGAGGGAAAAAGGGUCAUGAGGUACAAAGAAGAAGAUGAUGAUAAUGAUGAUGAAGAAGAAGAGGUGGUGAGUGAGAUGGGUUUUGAAGAAGAUGGAAGGAGGAAUAAGAGAGUAAUAAGAGAUCUCUAUGGAAAGAGAGGGUCCAAAGGUGGAGGCUCAAUAACACCUUCUUGCCAAGUGGACAAUUGUGAUGCUGAUCUGAGUGAAGCUAAGCAGUACCACAGAAGACACAAGGUUUGUGAGUACCAUGCCAAGGCUCCUUCCGUACACAUGGCAGGGCUGCAACAAAGGUUUUGCCAACAAUGUAGCAGAUUCCAUGUGCUAUCAGAAUUUGAUGACUCAAAGAGGAGUUGUAGAACGCGGUUGGCUGGGCAUAAUGAGAGGCGUCGCAAAUAUGCAGUUGACUAGCUACCAUGGACAAUGAUUUCUUCUAUGGGAUGGACAUUAAUAAUCAUUGAGGCAAGCAUGUGAUUAAUGAAAUUAAAUUUCCCAUUCAAAUCUUCAUAAAUCAUUGUUGCUGGUCUCUAAGGAUGCUCUCUAUCUUCUGUCAAGAUUUUCAUAUGCAAAGAUUUUUCUGUUAGUUACAACUAUGAAAGGAUAUUUCUACUUAAUUAGAACUUUUAUUAUAUUUUGGUUUGAGAUAAAUGGAAAGAAGAAAUUUUAAUGAGUUUCA